AUGCACGAUGGCGACCAAAUGCCCGUCCCCUUCGUCAAAGGUGGCAAACGCAAGCGUCUGACUAAGGCCUGCGAUGCGUGUCACAAGAGCAAGCGGCGCUGUGAUGGCACAGACCCUCUCCUUAUCUCAUCGCAUUCCCUCCGCCCGCCCUCCGGCGCCCACAGCUACUAUGCUUCGAAGAGUUGCACCUAUACCGACGCUGCGGGCCGACCUGUACCCGCCCCAAGGAACACCCAGCCAGAGCGCUCUGUGGUCGCCGCUGCGCCGACGACCUGUCCGAUCAGCAACGAGCCACCUCCCUGGGCCGCUCAGGCCACAUUGGCAAGUCCACCCGUUGGCAGGGGACAGGGGGCAGUAGAACGCGAUCCCACUUCGAAGCGCUCCCGCCAGGGCCCAAGUUCCCCAGAAACCAGCCCACCGUUGAGGCACAGGGGUGAUGUCGCUGCUGCGGAGUCCCUGGCAAGCCCUCUCGAUCCAGUUGUGACCCAUGAGCUUGUAAACAUCUUCUUCGCCCACUGCAACCCGCAGCGGAUGAUUAUCCACAAACCCACCUUCUCGGCCGACCUCGGCAUGAACAAAUUGCCGGCAUACCUGCUGCUCGCUGUAUGCGCCGUCGCAGCGCCGCUGUCCAAGAGCAAAUGCGUGCUCAGCAAGGCGUCGCACGCCCGCCUCGCAGGCGUGCCUUUCUUCAAGGAGGCGCUCGCCCUCAUGUUUGAUAACUCAGGGCGGCUUCUCUGUGAGCCCUCCGUGAGCACCGCACAGGCGCUCUGCCUCCUGGAGAUGCACGAGAUUGCGGCGAGCCACUCGUGGACGAACCAUCUUAGGUACUUCGAGUUGGCCUUCCAGGUGCUGGAAGGCAGUCUCCAGGUUGACAAGGCGGACAAUUCAGUCCCCCCUGCGCCAAACGACCAGGAGGGCAUCCUGCGUUUCAUCGACCGCGAGUGCACUCGGCGAUGCUUCUGGCUCAUCUUGACUAUAACCUGGAUCAGCAAUAUCUAUACCCGUCGGGGGGUGCGGCCGAGGAUGAGCGAACUCGCGGAUGUAGUGCGGUUACCUAUCGAUGAGGCCAUCUUUGAGCUAACUUCCCUCACGAGCGCCGCUACGGUUGAAUACCUUCGGCGACCGGCCCCCAGGACGAGGUACGCGUCUCAGUUCGGGCAUAUGCUCCGCAUCCUUGAAAUCUACGACACUGCCCAAAGUGCUCUCAGCGGACAAGGAGGGGCUGAAAGGGUAGAAGCUAUGCACGUAGUCCGCACGAACAUGCAGGAAUGGGUCGAUUCACUGCCCGCCCAUCUCCGAUUCAACGAAGAGAACUUGGAGACGCAAAUAUCCAUGUUCGAGACCUCGUCUAAUUCUGGCGCGUGGUGUUUCUGCUUCAUGCACGCGAUGCACCCGUGCUGUUAUCUCGCAGUGCAGGAGGGCGAGGGUACUCUGGGCGACCCGGUGCCCUGGAUCCGGAGUCAAUUGAACCACAUCUUCAAUGCCGCAGGCACGAGGGCGAAGACAUCAAUUCUCUGUACUGCGGACGAUCCCCAGAUACAUGUCUGGGAUCGCGACUUUGAGAAAAUCUGGGGGUUCAGGGUGGUGCUCGUCGCGAUCACCCAAGCGCAACAGAACCAAGCCCAGAUGUACAAACCCCGUGGCUCCCCACACUCCUCGAAGUCGAGCUCCAACUCGCCGACGUCUUCUAAUUCAUCUCCGCCCGCCGUCCAACUCCAUGCACAGCCUUACGAGGGUCGACAAGGCAACCCUCGCGCCCUCCUCCGUACGAAUGUCGCGGUGACCCUCGACGGUGCCGCACAUGUGCAAGCGGAGCAGAUGAACUUGCCCUCUCUGAAGGCGAGCGGGCUUCUGGAUUCAUGGAAGCCGCCAUCGGAGGCGUUCGCUUCGUCUCUCUCCCUUGGUUCACAGAGCUCGUCCACGCGCGACUCGCCAAGGCGUCACCCCCCCAGUCAAAACUCCGUCGCACCUGCCGCAGCGGCUCCCGCGGGCCUCACAUGGCUCGCCAAUUCAGGUGCGGCCCACGCUACCUGA